UGUAGGAAUUCUUUUGGUUGUUCUCUUUUAGGCACCUGGUGGUUGGGUGCGGCAGUGGUCACUUCAGCGAUGGGGAAGUAUUUCUUCAACGAGACGGACAUCAGGAGCGCAUGGGAGAAUGUUCUCACUGCCUUCUGGCAGAGAUACCCCAACCCUUACAGUACUCAUGUUCUGACGGAGGAUGUGGUUUUUCGGGAGGUGACUCCGGAUAACUGUCUCCUGUCUCGCCGCCUCCUCACAAAGACCAAUCGGCUGCCUCGGUGGGCGGAGCGCAUCUUCCCUGGCAACCUGGCACGUUCAGUUUACAUCGUGGAGGACUCCAUAGUCGAUCCCAACAACCGACGCCUCACUACUUUGACCUGGAACCUGAACCAUUCAACUUUAAUGACUGUGGUGGAGCGGUGUGUGUUUCACGGUGAGCGUGACAGACCUGUGUGGACUCGACUCACUAGAGAAGCCUGGAUCUCGUCUGGAGUAUUUGGGCUUUCCAGACCCAUACAGGAGUUUGGGUUGUCCAGGUUCAAGAGUAACCAGAUAAAAGCUAUGAAGGGUCUGGAGCAUGCACUUUCCAAACUGCACUUAUCAGCAGCUCAGAGUCACCAUGGUGAUGCAUCUAAAGACACUUCAGAGAAGGCCAAGAACCUGACGCCUUCCUCCAGCUCCCAGAAGCCCCAGGAGUUUGUCUGACCAAUGCACCCCUCAUCUCCCACAAGCCCCGUUACUGAAAGUGUUCUUAUGGUAGGUCAGGCUUGGAGGUGCAGGCUGUUACGAAUGUGAAGAUACAUGAUUCUGUGAGAGUAGAGUGAACAGUUUGAGUGGAAAAGUGAGGUAAUUUAUUAGAAUAAUAAACACGGAUCAGUCCAGGCUAUAUUGCAAUAGUUUGAAGGCCUUUGUUGAUGUACCAAAGAAAACCAUGGUUCUCUAAAAUUGCACUGUACUGUGCAAUAAUCAGCCACCACACUUCUUCAUUCUGCAUUAAAUCCCAGUUAAAACCGCUCCUAUGUGAAAGGUUUUAAUUUGUCAGGAGAUGAAAAGAGUUUUAAAAAGAGUUGAAAUUCUAUUUAAAGAUAUAGAGAUAUUGGGACCUUUAACAACCCAUUGCAAAACCACAGAGUGUCUGCAGAUAUAUAAAAAAAGUAAAUAAAAGGCUUUAAUUUGUCUAAAAAUGUCUUAAAUCCAUCUCCCAAAAAAAAAGGAAUUUAUAUUUUAUAUGAUUAGUGAAUUAUUGGAUAUUUUCAUGCUUGUCAUUUUGCGGAUUCUGAUUCAUAUAGUUGCUGUCCAGUGAAAGUCAAUAUCAGCAUCUCUAUUUUUGUUGAUUUUUUAGUUUACUAUAUCAUUUGAACUCACACAAAAUGUUCCUUACACUGUGCCUGUCACAAUGUCUUGUAUAAACCAAUAGAAAUUCUCCAAAAUGACCUGAAGUAAAAACACUUUUCACAUUGAUAUUGAUAUUUUUAGCUCUCUUAUACAAAGUAGCUGUUUUGGAGAUAUGUUUUCCAUUGGACAGUAAUGAUAUGAAUGUUAGCUUCCUGCUUUUAAUGACAGGGUAGAGAUGGACAAUAUGUCCCUAAUAUAAUAUCACAAUAUUAUUGCAUAUAUGAUAAAAUAUGAUAUGGAACCCCCUAACUGGGAUUUUCAUCAUAUUGUUACAGAAGACAAUGAUCAGCAUGUCAUGAUGCUAAUAAUAAUGCACUCUAUAUAUCCAGGAUUGAGGUAAAACAAAUGAUAUUGGAGAUAUCAACACAUCUAUAUCUAGUAGAUCUGAACACAAACAGCAAAGAAGCUGCACCCUGAUGGCCAAUAUUGCCCUGAAAUAAUAUCAGUAUAUUUCGGGUAUUUUUGCAAUUACAAUAUUAAAAAAAUGUUGCCCAUAUAAAUUCAUACGAAAUGAUUUGGGAAACAUCUUUGACAGACUCAACUCAACUAACUUAUUGAAAUGUUUUUCGUUUCAUAAAACUUGUUCUGACACAAUAUUUAGAAUAAACUGUUGAAAUACAAGUUAUAGAAUUAGUGCCUUCUAUGUUCUGUCAGCAUAUUAACCUUAAAGGAGAACUCUGGUGUAAAAUUGAUUUUAAGGUGUAGUAAAACAAGAUGAAGAGAUCUAACCUUUGUUGAAUAGCCCACCUUCGUUCUUCCGCAGUUUUUCGAGAUCCAGCUAUUUUAUUUCAUUUGUUAGUUUGUUCAAAUAUGCUUUAGAAUGGAUGAUAUGGGGCAUAUUUUGCCCCUGCAGAUAAAUAGCUUUUUACACCAUUGUCCAGGCUCAAAGUAGCUUCACACUUCAUUGCUAGAAUCCGGAGAGACCUGACAUUUAAAACCUUAAGGCAUUAAUAACUUAAAAAGUGCACAAAAAACACUGUUUAAAAUCUCAGGGCGCCGUCAUCACUAUUCUGAUUAUGACUUUACCUUAAAAAGGUGGCACCCGGAGAUUUACCUACACUACAGGAUGUAAACAGUGUUUUUUAAUAAGCUUCUUGUACACUUUUUAAGUUAUUAAUGCCUCAUUUUAAAUGUCAGGGCUCUCCGGAUUCUACCAAUGAGGUGUGGAGCUACUUUGAGCCUGAAUAACUGUGUAAAAUCUAUUUAUCUGCAUGGGGCAAAAUAUGCCCCAUAUCAUCCAUUCUAAAGCGUGUUUAGACAAACUUCACAAAAUUGCUGGAUCUGGGAAAGGUGGGGAAGAAUGGAGUUGGGCUAUUCAACAAAGGUUAGUACUCUUUAUCAUGUUUUACUACACCCAAAGUCAAUUUUACACUGGAGUUCUUCUUAUAAACAGUAAUAAACAGUCGUGUGACCUCGUUAACACACUGUGAAAAACAUGAAUAAACUGCUCCAUUAACUUAUCGGAACUUUUCUAAUAUUUAGAACUGGGUCUGAGCUCUUAUGGGUUAAAAACUGUCAAUUUAUGUUUAUUUAAAUUUGAUUAUAUUGAUAAUAUAUGAAUCACAAGCUUAUGGCUGAAGCCUAUGAACUAAAUUUCUUCCGUUCUGUUGCUGCAAAAUUAGUGUGAAUUUACUCUGAGGGCUACUAAAAAGUCUUUAAAAAGUUAAGUUUAUUUUCCCUAUAUCUGCAGACACCCUGAUGCAUGUAGCCACUAACACUGGCCCAGUCAGUUAAGCAAUGCUUACGAUUUGUAAGAGAGAGGAGAAGACUCUCGGUGUUUGUGUCCAAAAUUUCACCAUGAGAAGACUGACUACUCGACACUGUAGGUCUGAAAGAGCAAACUGGCAACAAUCAAAUCAAAUCAAGUGAAACACAGAAGCUGAUUCAGUUCUCAAACCAAUAGACUGGGGGAAAAUAGGAACUUGAAGUGCUGAACAUGUUCUUUUUUUUUUUUUUUUUUUUUUUUUUUUACUGGAAAUUGAAUGGUGCUUGCUAAAUUUGUACAGGACUGUACAGAUAUAAGAACUGACACGUGACUGAUUCAGCCUGCCUGCAUGCACCCAGCAGUAGGGUGGAGGUGCAUGCCUUUAUGACUUCCUUUUUUUCUUUUUAUAAACCAUUAUUUUGUUGUAUAGAGCAUGUUCACCUACCUAAAGAAAAAACAGUGGACAUCAAAAUGGAAAUUAUCUCU